AUGGUCUCUCUCUGGGGCCUGGUUCUGCCCCUUUUCUUCUGCUGCUGGGAGGAAGGAGUCUCUGGGAGCUCUGCAGGCACCCAUACCGGCAGACAUGACACUUUGAUGACAUCAAAUGAAGCAGAAGUGCCUUAUGUGUAUCCAGGGGUCAGGAUGGGCUCAGAGGGAGCCAUCCAGACCACUGGUUUUGCUGAGACCUCAGCACCGGGCCAUGUCUCUUUGGAGGCUCAAACCCUGAGCACUGAGAAUGUUUCUAGGAUCUUAAUCCUAAAUGGCAUCUUUCCAGAAGCAGAAACCAGUGGAACCAAGACCAUUUCCCCUGCAACAGGGACCAGGGCACUCACAAAAACAAUACCUUCCAAGUUCAUGGGUGUGAUAACCACCCCUAGAGAGAUGUCAGCCACAAGCCAUGACCUCACAGGAACUACAAUGACCACUGUUGAAACCAUCACACGCAAUGAUCCUGAGAAAACCAUCUUUGAGACCCUCUGCACCGAAGACAGCUCUGAAGAGGCAAGGAGGAUUGUAACUGGCAUCGUGACAUUGGCGCAUCCUGCCACAGACACUGAGGGCUUGUCCUCAGAGAGCAGCUCCUCUUCCGACGGGUCAGCUGCGGUCCUCACCACCUCCCAAGCCACGGCACCUGACAUCAUUAUUCCCUCUAAGGCCGUGGUUGCCUAUUCCGUCACCCACAUCGAGGUGACCAAUUGCAGCAUUACAGAAACAGAAACAACUGCCAUCAUUUCUGGGGUCUCAGACCCAGAUCACAGCCGCACAGAAGGAGCCAGGGCCUUGUCCACCUCUGAAACACUCACUUCGCCUGACUCCACGGAAGCAAAACCAUACAUCACCGAGGAAACAAUCUCUGCUGAGACCUUGGCAACAGCCAGUGCCACAGGGUCAGUGGGACCUGAUGCCACAGUUGAGAACCCACUCCCCACCGUUAGCACCACAGAAAGAGUAACAUCGGCAGCCAAGGCCACUACCCCUGAUGGAAUUUUGGUGACCAUUAGCAUGAACCCCUUGGAAGAUAUCUCUGCUCACUCUGUUGAGAGUCCAAGCUACCUUGAAGACUCAGGAGCAGUUCCAGUCUCCACUGAGGCUGGGUCCACAGUGGGCAAAGAGGCUUCCUCUGCCAGGUCCUCAAUUUCAGUCUACAGCCCCUCAGAAGUAGCCACCAUUAAGAACGCCACCUCUUUAGAGACGUCUACCACAGAGAGUACAACCAAUGGACCCUUCCCUUUCACCAGGAGCCCUCUUUUUUCUGUCCAGCCAACUACAGUCAACAGUAGCCGAGGAACAAACAUCACCCUAGCCAAGAACAUGACCUCAGCAAAGACCCUGAUGAAGCCCCCAAAAGCCACACCCACUAGUGUUUGGACAAAGUGGACCAUAAAAGUGACUGCAGUGUUAUACAAUGGGGAAACAUCGCUGGAUGAGAAGAGUAUCCAUGGGAAAGUAACACAUUCUUUUAGGAAGUUCUGCGAGCCCGGUCCCUGCUCUGCGUUUCUGGGCUCCCUUGGACUUCCGCCUUCUCUGCUCACCCUUGAAGGUGGAUGCUGGCCCCACAUGUUCCCUCUGAUAGCCACAGCACAACCGUCAGCUAGGAUCCCGGGUCUUGCCAUUUUGAAUGAAAACUGGGGUAACAGCAGCUCUCCCUCCUCAGCCUCCUCCCAGUGCACAGGGAGUAACAGAAAGAGCUUGUGUGAAGGCCACAGGGACUCUCCACUCACAGAGUUGAUCUCGCCCAACACAGGCACCCAUACCAGCAGACAAGACACUUUGAUGACAUCAAAUGAAGCAGAAGUACCUUAUGUGUAUCCAGGGGUCAGGAUGGGCUCAGAGGGAGCCAUCCAGACCACUGGCUUUGCUGAGACCUCAGCACCGGGCCAUGUCUCUUUGGAGGCUCAAACCCUGAGCACUGAGAACGUUUCUAGGAUCUUAAUCCCAAAUGGCACCAUCUCAGAAGAAGAAACCAGGGAAACCAAGACCAUUUACCCUGCAACAGGGACCAGGAUGCUCACAAAAACGAUGCCUUCCAAGUUCACGGUUGUGAUAACCACCCCUAGAGAGAUGUCAGCCACAAGCCGUGGCCUCACAGGAACUGCAAUGACCACAAUUGAAACUGCUACCGGCAGUGAUCUUGAGAAGACCAUGUUUGAGACCCUCUGCACCGAAGACAGCUCUGAAGAGGCAAGGAGGAUUGUAACUGGCGUCGUGACAUUGGCGCAUCCUGCCACAGACACUGAGGGCUUGUCCUCAGAGAGCAGCUCCUCUUCCGACGGGUCAGCUGCGGUCCUCACCACCUCCCAAGCCACGGCACCUGACAUCAUUAUUCCCUCUAAGGCCGUGGUUGCCUAUUCCGUCACCCACAUCGAGGUGACCAAUUGCAGCAUUACAGAAACAGAAACAACUGCCAUCAUUUCUGGGGUCUCAGACCCAGAUCACAGCCGCACAGAAGGAGCCAGGGCCUUGUCCACCUCUGAAACACUCACUUCGCCUGACUCCACGGAAGCAAAACCAUACAUCACCGAGGAAACAAUCUCUGCUGAGACCUUGGCAACAGCCAGUGCCACAGGGUCAGUGGGACCUGAUGCCACAGUUGAGAACCCACUCCCCACCGUUAGCAUCACAGAAAGAGUAACAUCGGCAGCCAAGGCCACUACCCCUGAUGGAAUUUUGGUGACCAUUAGCAUGAACCCCUUGGAAGAUAUAUCUGCUCACUCUGUUGAGAGUCCAAGCUACCUUGAAGACUCAGGAGCAGUUCCAGUCUCCACUGAGGCUGGCUCCACGGUGGGCAAAGAGGCUUCCUCUGCUGGGUCCUCAAUUUCAGUCUACAGUCCCUCAGAAGUAGCCACCAUUAAGAACGCCAUCUCUUCAGAGACAUCUAUCACAAACAGUACAACCAAUGGACCCUUCCCCUUCACCAGGAGCCCUCUUCCUUCUGUCCAGCUGACUACAGCCAACACUAGCCGAGGACCGAACAUCACCCUAGCCAAGAACACGACCUCAGCAAAGACCCCAAUGAAGCGCUCUGUAGCCACACCCACCCGUGCUUGGACAAGGUGGACUACAGAAGUUACUACAGGUGAAGAUGGAGGCUUCCUUCUCCUGAGGCUGAAUGUGGCCUCGCCAGAAGACCUCACUGACCCCAGAGUGGCAGAGAGGCUGAUGCAGCGGCUCCACCGCGAACUGCAUGUCCACAUGCCUCCCACCCAAGUCUCUUUGCUGCGUGUCAGGAGGCGCUGA